AUGCCUGAAGAUGCCCCCGCCGGCAAGCGGCAGCGUGCAGCCCUCGGCGAGCAGGCGGUGUUGGCCAGCAGCGAGCUUUCUACCCAGGCCAGCCUGACCAUGACCCCAGGAGGCACCACCGAUCACACCUCCCCCCUUACUGACGCCGCGGCCCUGACCGGCAGCAGGGCAACACCGCUGCCUGCGCGCCCGGCUCGCGCUCCCCAGCCCUUCCUGCCCAGGGCCCUCGCGGCCCAGCGGCCCCUCCGCGCCGACCCUUCUUCCCAGGCGGCCGUCACGCACGCGGCGCUGGCCCACCGGCCCCUCGCGGAGGGCACGGGCGAGGUCGCCUCGCCCUGCCGGGCCGACGGCGCGCAGGGGCCUGGCCAGGCCGGGGUUGCCCUUCCCGGGCCCCCGCGUUCGCGCCUGGCGCCCCACGGCAACUACCACCGCUACUACGGGUACCGCCUGGGCCAGGCCUUCGACCACGACCCGCGCCUGGCGGUGAUGGAGCGCUCCUGGUUUGCGCGGCGCCGCUGCAUGGACGUCGGUUGCAACGAGGGCCUGGUCACCCUGGCCCUGGCGGGUUCGCUGGCCUGUAAGAGCAUGGUGGGGGUGGACAUCGACCCCCACCUCAUCAAGCGCGCCUGCACCACGCUUCGCGCGCUGCGUACCAGUGCGACGCAGCGCGCCGCCGUCGCCAGGGCCGGCGGGACGGACGCCGGAGAGCGACGCGCGGCGAGGGACACGCUGCAGGGCCUCAGUCAGACCUGGUUCGUGCACGCCGACUUCCUGGAGAGCGUGGUGGAGCCGGCCUCGCUGGACACCAUCACGUGCCUGAGUGUCACCAAAUGGGUGCAUCUGAACAGGGGGGAUGAGGGCCUGCAGGCGCUGUUUAUAAAGUUUCACACGCGUGCAAAGUGCAGCGAGGAGGAGCGGGCGUCGCUGGCGCAGUUCCACCCGCUGGACGAGCUGCAGCUGCGGCCAGAUGCCUUUCCUGCCUUCCUGUGCGACACGCUGGGGUUCCGGCUGGUGCGACGCCUGCAGCCAGGGGAGGCAGCCUCGGGGUUCCACCGGUCCUUGCUGGUCCUCCGCAAGGCCUAG